CUCUCGUUAUCCGUUAGCCGAGAGAAACAAUAAGUUUUGUUGUAAUAUUUGUCCAAUAUAUCGGUAUUAUUAGUCAUAAAAAGAGGACGCAAAGAGUGCGCAGUGUUAAAGGAAACUGUCGUUAACAUGAUUGUUGUACAGCUUGGCGGGACCACAUGCCGUCAGCUGCUGCAGUUUCUCGAGCUUUCUCCCCCAGACAGACCUCCUCCAUCCCUUCCGUCCCGCGGUACAUCAGUUGGGUCUUCCUGGUCGGCUAGACGGGACUCCGCACCGGUUUGUCUGGUGUGUGUGAGAGUGUUUGUGUGUGUGUGUCUGGACACCAAGGGUGUGGGUGGGUGUGCGAGUGCGUGUGCUCGACCAGCAAGAAGAGACUGUGUUAGCCGCGUCCUCCGUCGUUGUGUGCACGCAAAACACAAUGAAAUUGCGGCUGGUGAACUGGUGGCUGCUGGUGGCAGCGGCGGGGAUGGUGGUGCCUGCGGGGGCUCAGGAGGUGCCCGGCCUCGCCAAUAUGGAGAUUUUAAGAACGGUCCCGCUGAUCCAAGCGUCCGGCACCGCCCGCGACCCGCCCUCUGCUCCACUGCAUGCUCUGACGGACAGAGUUCCCCGGCGCUACGACGUGCUGUUUGACUACUCCAACGAGGAGGAAAACCACUUCGAGUACUACGAUGAGAAGACCGACUACUCCGAGGAGGAAGGGCGCCUAGACUACUCCAAAGACUCCUCUGAUGAUGGCGCGCGUGAUGGAGAUGAGUUCGUGAAGGUGACCGCGACACUAGAGCGUCCUCAGACCUCGCUGAACACCGACGUUACAGACUAUGCUAUUUUUACCCUGGAGAGCAUCAAUAGCCCUGAUGCCGACACAACAGAGGCAACAGCAGAAGUUUUCGGCCUCGGUGAUUCUCUCGGCUUGGAAAACCUCAUAUCUGUCUCUCCCAGCAUCCAUAAAAUAAAACCUUUAUAUUCAACAGAAAGGAUGCCACAAGGUACAAUAGAACGUGUGAAACAAGGAAGACCAAAGCGGGUGUCCCUGGGUGCAGGAGAGCGUAUGCCCCUGGAUACAGCAGAGAAGGUCCACCUGGGCUCAGAAAAAAAGGAAUCCAAAGGCAGUGAAGACGCGGUAGUUCUGGGUACGGCAGAGAAGGCCCUCCAGGAUACAGGUAGGAAGUUAAUUCUGGGUACAACGGAGUCAGAUCCCACACGGAGCAGAGAGCAGUCCACCUUGAACCUUAGGGCCUUCUCCUCGCCCCACGGCCCCCAGGGUGUGGCAGUGGUCGGGACAGUGCUUGACCCCCAACACCCUCUGACCAGCUCUUCUGCGGCGCGUCGCCAACUUCCCCACAACACCUUGGUCGGUAGGUAUUAUCAAACAGCAUCAAAUCCGAUGCGAGCUUAUAUAAGACACAAAUACUCAACAGCCAGUUAUCCAAUUUAUAUCUAUCAUUUGGGCAGUUAUCCAACAAGUAACACUCUAAAAUAUAGUUACCCCUCUGGAAUCUAUCCCCUGAUGUACUAUCCUCCUGCAGAUCCCAAUGUUUACUACCGUGACGGUGAAGGCAGCACAAGAGAUGGCCAUACCAUCGGGGAGGUUGUGAUGAACUACCGCAUGACCGACCUCGGUAAGCACCCAGCGCCUUCGCGCUACCACCCGCAGAACGCUAGAAGCUACUACCCGGCUGGAGACCUUCCCUCUAGAACCCCUCCCGAAGAAGCGCUUCCGUCACAACAGAUGGACCCGAGGCAGGGACCAACUAACGCAAGGGCAACACUCCCCAAGGCGACCCAUUCUGGCGUAGAGUCCUCCAGUGCCUCCCCUGGGACUCGCUCUUCGGCUAGAGGCUCUCACAAUUCCACACAUGCUUCUACGAUUAAAAAAGGUGAUUCCAACGAUGCUCCUUCCUUAAGAAGCGUCCUUAGAAUAGUAGAAACGAGGAAUCGUGACGAGGUUAUGUAUUAUACCGGCCUGCAGAGAGAGAUUGAAAAAUCAGAUGUGUUGGUAGAUGCCAUCCGGAACGUCAGGACACGGGAAGGAAAGAUGGUCAAGAGUUUUAAAAGAAAACUAUCUACUACCACUGUUUCACCAGUUCCAGACAUCGAGGAGGUCAGGAACCUGUUUGGUAGCCAUCCCCUGUAUGACAAGCUACCGCGAGAGACGUCUCUAAAGUACAAGCUGCCGCAAGAGACUUCCCUGAGGAACAAGCCAGGGCCGAUACCUCUUCAAGAGAAAUAUGAUGACGAGGAAGACGAGUACGAGAACCUGUACCUGCCCGUCCGCGCAAAGUCGCUGGAACUGGAGAAGAUCAACGAGGUAAAGAGACACUUCAGUACCCUCGUACCUAAAACGCUGUACAGAAUCCGCCCCUUUUCGAUACGCCCUACAGGCAGUCCUAAAAUCACCACCUACAAGCCACGGUAUGUACCUAGUUUUUAUACAACCACAAAAUCUGUGACAUAUGCAUCAAAAUCCCCGUCGAUGUCGUCGUAUGGCAAAAAUCAUCGCACACCAAAGGCUACAAGUUUAUCUCCUCCUAGGACAUCCAAGCUUGUGUCCUCGGCACACACACAGAACAAAAGACGACCCUCUACUCACUUACUUCAAGGAAAUUAUGAAAGUCACAUGCAUUCUAGCUCUAGGAAUCGUAGACCUAUUGGUUCUAGAUCCCACGACCACCAUCGCAACGAUAACCAGGAUAAUUAUAGUCCUAGAAGUCAAAGACAAAAAGUCUUUAAAAAUCAAAGUCUAUCCAUCUAUGGUCCUCGCAAUCAUAACAACAAACUCUGGGAUCCCAAAGAUCAUGAGCCUUCCAGCUUACAGAGCGAGCGGCCUCAUAGUGUGGGGGAUCUCGGCUCUCCAAGCACGAGAGGCUACAACACUCCCAUCCCUGUGAUUAAACCACAUCUAAAACACCAUAGUCGACCUUUUUCUACAUCCCAUGGCACUUCAGGCGAUGGGAGUUCUCCAAGCCGAAAGCAGGCCAAUUCUAAAUACCCUACUAGUAGCCUGUAUGAGGAAGCCGACCUGCGGCCCGACCCGGAAGAGGGCGCGAGGAGAAAAAAAGGGCCCGACAUGGAAGAGGGCGCGAGGAGAAAGAAAGGGCCCGACAUGGAAGCUAUACUUGACGCUGGUGUCAGCUUCCCGAGGUUCGGUUACAACAUCGACUCAUUUUUCACGCGCUUCCCAGGCUUUGGAUUUUUUGACUACGACCCUGACAAAAAUGUUCCGGCAUGAUCGUUGCUUAUUUAUGUAUUUAUGUAUUUAUUUAUUUAUUUAUUUCGUGAGAUUCAAAUGUAUUUUUUGUAUGCUGUUACAUAUUGGUUUUGUUUUUCUGUUGUGUGUUACUCAUAUCUGUUAGUUUAUCUUAAUAAGGCAUCAAAUUGUAUUUAG